AUGUUCCUUGUGCUCUUCAUCGUCCUGAUCCUGGGUUUUCACGGCCGGGCCUCAAAGAUUACUGGACAUGGGAGCACAUUCGCAGACUAUGGCGGCGAGGCUCACUAUAAAUGCAAACUGGAAGACCCCAAAGAUGUGCUCCAAGUCACAUGGCAGCGGCUUUACAAGGACAACUCCAUAGAGAACCUGGCCACCUAUAGCAAGCGCUUUGGGGAGCAGGUGAACGACCCGUACAAGGGGAAAAUCGCGUUCACGGAGACGUCGCUGCAGUUUUCAUCCAUAACUGUGAGAAAUGUGACGUGGGAGGACGAAGGCUGCUACUUAUGCUCGUUUAAUGCCUAUCCCGGAGGCUCAAAAAGACACAAAACUUGCCUCAAAGUGGAAGGGGUUUCUAAUGUGCAAACACUGGUGCACAAGCCGCAUGGAGGAUCUGAAAACACAGCCAUAUUCAGCUGUUCUGUCACUGGGAAACCGGCGCCUGAAAUAAAGUGGGACUAUUCAGCUCCAGUCACGGUCCUGGAGCAGUCCCAGACAUCAGCGGUGGGGAAUGAGGAUCUCACCAUAACCAGCUAUAGUAAUCUCACUCUGCAGCUGUCUCCAAACUGGGAGGGAAAAAUAGACUGUGUCAUCAACUCCAAGAAAGGAGAAAGGAGAGAGAGCGUUGUUAGGUAUGAGAAGAAGAAAGAUGACAUAGAAAAAGAGCGCACCGCCUCAUCCACAAAUAUUAUUAUUAUUUCUACUACUACUACUGCAUUACUCUUCUUUGCAUCUCAGCUGUUAUUCUUUGGUUAA